CUUAAGUGCGUGAAUACGACUAUUAUAUAAGCGGUUGAAUAGACGUCAAUUCCUUGUAUUUGAAAUUACAAAAUGAAUAUGGCGGUAUCGUAUGAAGCAGUAUUCAUCAUCAUUGGGCUAACAUGGGUUGCAGGCCAAAGUACCACGGACCCUGCAACUAUAGGAUUAAGGAAUACCACAGCAGUGAUGGAUCAAGCAUUCAUGAAUAUGGGUCUAUCACCGUUUUUCGGCCAGUUUAGAUCACGGGCUAACAUAGUAAGACCAACAGGUGGGGAAAUAGUUCAAACGCCUGACGGAAACGGUUCACUGGCUAGUGAAGAAGGUCGGAUGUUAGGAAAACCCAUUCUUACAUCCGCCACAACUACUCAACUGACAGCGGGGAUCCCAUUUCAGGCCGCAUUUGGAAAAGAUUUGAAACCGCCAGGAGUACCGAGGUUAUCUGUUGACGAAAUAGCAAAACUUUUUUCAAAAAGCAGCUCAAUGUCUGGGAAUGAGGGAAAAAUGCCUUUUGUGAUAGGUUCAACAUCAAGUAAAGAAGGACAAAUGCCUUGGCAAAUAGGUUCAUCCUCUGGUGAAACCCAAAUAGCUCGGGGACCUGGUUCUUCUUUCGACGAAGUACUACAAAUGCUCACUAAAGUACGUUUGAGAAAUGGCGAAGUAGGUCGAAUGGCUGGACCGAUAGGUGCUAUAAGAGGAGAAAUGGGAAUGCAUAAUAUGGUUAUAAAUUCAAUUAUUGGCGAAGGGCAGCCGUCUUUUGGUAUGGGGCCCGUGUCGAAUGAAGGUCAAGAGACUGGAACCCUUGGUUCAAGCUCUGGCGAAGGUCAAAUUACUGGAAAUAUGACCACAUCCUCUGGCGAAGAAGGUCAAUUGACCGGAAGUAUGAGUCCAACUUCGGGUCAGAUGUCAGGAAGCACGGGUCUACCUGCCGGAAAUCAAAUGUCAGGGAAAAUGGGUCCAAUGUUAGGAAGCAUGGGCCCACACUCUAGCGGUCAAAUGUCAGGAAGCCUAAGUCCAACCUUAGGGGGCCAAAUGUCAGGAAGUCUGGCCCCACUCUUUGGCGGUCAAAUGUCAACAAGCAUGGGUCCAUCCUUAGGCAGUAUGGGGCCAAGUUUUGGCGAGGAAGGUAAAACGGGAAUUAUGCGCCCAACCUCGGGCGAGGAAGGUAAAAUUACGGGAAAUAUUGGGCCGAGUUUUGGCGAAGAAGGUAAAACGGGAAGUAUAGGUCAAUCCUCGGGCGAGGAAGGUAAAAUUUCGGGAAAUAUGGGGUCAAGUUCUGGUGAAGAAGGUCAGAUGACGGGAAGAAUGGGCCCAACUCCGGGAGAGGGGGGAAACAUGACGGGUAAUAUUGGGCAAACGUCUGGCGAGGAAGGUGGAAUGACGGGAAAUAUUGGGCCGAGUUCUGGUGAAGAAGGUAAAACGGGAAGUAUAGGUCCAACCUCGGGCGAGGAAGGUAAAAUUACGAGAAAUAUGGGGCCAAGUUCUGGUGAAGAAGGUCAAAUAACGGGUACAAUGGGCCCAACUCCGGGCGAGGGGGGCAACAUGACGGGUAAUAUUGGGCAAACGUCUGGCGAGGAAGGUCAAAUGACGGGAAAUAUGGGGCCAGGUUCUGGCGAGGAGGGUCGAAUGACGGAAAAUAUGGGAUCAAGCGCUGGUGAGGAAGGUCAAACGGGAAGUAUGGGCCCAACAGCUGGUGAGGAAGGGCAAAUGUCAGUAAGUAUGGGAACUCGUUCUGGCGAAGAAAGUCAAAUGACGGGAAGCUUGGGGCCAAAUUCUGGAGAGAAAGGUCAAAUUACCGGCUGGAAAGGUCUCACUGUCGCACAAGUAGUAAAUAUGCUUAACAGAAAGUUUUCCCCUACUAACAUGACCGGUUACAAAGCAAUGGAGUCCGUAAUAAGCCAACGAGGACAAAGUCGUGGACAAACAUUGUUUGGCCUGCCUGGAGAAAUAGCAUUCACAACCAGCACACCAGGAACAUUUGCAGAAGGAAUUGGCCUAACUAGUGUGAUACAGGCAGGAAAUGUAUCCGCCACUAAAACCCCGGGGCAGAUCAACAGUGGAAUACUUUCAACAACUAGUAUACCAAGAGAAUUAGGGUCAAUAACAAGCGCUCUCGAUCAGUUCACUGAGAGUAGUAGAAGGGUUCUUCCAGACAUAGUAGUAACCACAAUAAGCAAUGCAGGACAGACUAGCGAAAGAACACGUUCAUCAGCAGGCACAGAGGGCAAAAGCAUUGGAAGAACAGCUUCACCAACAAGUGAAGGGGUACAAAGUAAUGGAAGAAUACCCUCAGCAUUGGACGAAGGGGGCCAAAGCACUGGGAAAAUAGCUUCAAUCGAAGAAGGCCAGAGGACGGCGGCAAUAGCUUCAACAUCAGGCGAAAACGGCCAGCCAAUUGGAGGUUUAACUUCACAAACAGGCGGGGAAGGAAAAGGCACUGGAAGAAUAGCUUUAAGCAAAGAAGGUAAACAGCCUGAAGGGAUAGCAAGACCAAUCCGCAACGAAUCUGAACCAAUGCCUGAAGGGAUAGCAAGACCAAUCCGCAACGAAUCUGAACCAAUGCCUGAAGGGAUAGCAAGACCAAUCCGCAACGAAUCUGAACCAAUGCCUGUGCUGGCUAAAUACAUCGGCCCUGAUGGAUGUAUGCGGUUACCAUAUCGUAAGGACGGGGAGUCGGUGAUAUUUGAAGGAAUCCAGAAUAACUGUGAGCUAAAGAUCAACAUGUCCGUAGUCAAGGAUCUUCAUCAAGAGCGAAGACGUGCCACGUUUGAAAUAACAAGUCCAAUCGGUGAAUUUUCUGCGUCGCAAGGCAAUCCGGGCAACAACAGUGCUUGUCCGUCCUGGCAAAUCACCGUUAUGCCCUGGGGUUUGGUACACAUACGGACCACAGCUCUUUGUCACAUUAUCAUUCAACCAACGAGGACAGCGCUGGGCCGGGGUCUUACACGCCAAACGGUCGGACAGAGAGUUGUGUAUCAGAAAGCACAGGGGCGAAUCGAUGGCAAAAAACAAUUAAACGUGUAGCGAACAUUCGGAACUACAAAUGCCAUCAAACACUGAAAACUGCAGAGAACAUUAAGGUCACUCAUGUAUGCACUUCCUGGGUUUUUAGUUGUAUGUAAAAUCGAAACAAUGAAUAGCAUAAUAGACAUUUGAUUGCAUAGCAAGUUGUGCUCAACGCAACCAAUUCCGUUGUCAUUCCUUAAUAGCGGUAAGUCUAAAAUCAUGUGUAUCUGACGUUGUAAUUUGUAAUAAUGAGUAUUUGUAUAAAGUGUACGCAAUAUAAUGUGCUGUUUAACAUAUCAAUGGCAAAAUAAAGCCGAAACAGUUGUUGUCAUUGCAGGACCGCAUAGUUGGUUGUAGAAUACACAAAAGGUACUAUACAUUUGGACACGUGUAGAAGCCGUGCUAGUUCUUCAAAAUGUCGAUUAAAUACUGUUGAAAUUGA